AUGGCAUUAUUUUUUAUUUUUGGAAUAUACGCGAGUUUCGGUGUUUGUGUUGAAUCUUACAAAAUUUUGGGAAUAUGUGCGCCACCUGCUUACAGCCAUUUUACUUUAGGUUUUCGUCUAAUGAAGGAACUAGCCGACAGAGGUCAUGAAGUGUCUUUUGUCAGCAGUCAUCCUCAGGAUACCCCGAUUAAAAAUUUGAGAGAUAUAUCCGUGAAGGAAAUUGCAGAACCUGUAUCUAAGUUUAUGGGAUCGUUUACAGACUUUGGCAAACUUUCAUACAUCCAUCAACUGGAAUUUAUAAAUAAAUUCGGAAAAGCGCAAACAGAAAUUAUUCUGCAGCAUAAAAAUAUUCAAUCUCUAAUGAAAUCGGACGAAGAAUUUGAUUUGGUAAUACUUUAUCAUUGGGUUAACGAUGCUUUAGCGAUAUUCGCUCACAAAUUUAAAUGUCCCUUAGUAAUUUUGGCAGCGUGGCCUUCAAGUAUAGUCGACAAUCAUAUCUCUGGAAACCCGUCUCCUAGCUCCUUUGUUACCCAUAUGAGAGCUGAAUAUGAUUCAAAUAUGAACUUUUGGGAAAGAAUUGACAAUACUUUUAAGCAAAUUGUUGGAGAAUUGAUGGUGCAUUUUAGAAUGAUCCCUACACAAAAUGAGGUCCUAAAAAAGGCGUUUCCCAACGCUCCUGAAUUAAGUACUAUCAUAUAUAACACUAGCCUUAUAUUAACACCAUUCCACCUAAGUUUAGGAGAUCCUAUACCUCUUCAACAAAAUAUUAAAGAAAUUGGAGGCUAUCACGUGACACCGCCUAAACCCCUGCCAAAAAAUGUACAAGAUUUUAUGGAUAGUUCGACUGAAGGUGUAGUGGUUUUCUCGAUGGGUUCAAAUUUGAAAAGUGACAUCUUUGAGACUGAUAAAAUAAAAACUAUUUUGAGUGCAUUUUCUAAGAUCAAGCAGAAAGUUUUGUGGAAAUUCGAAGGCGAUCUGCCUGAUAAACCACCGAAUGUUAAAAUUUUGUCAUGGUUGCCACAAUCUGAUGUCUUAGCUCAUUCCAAUACUGUAGCCUUCAUUUCCCAUGGUGGUCUACUGGGUACCACAGAAGCCGUUUACCAUGGAGUACCAAUACUUGGUCUUCCCGUAUUCUGGGACCAAGUGAAAAAUAUAGCUGUUGCUGUUAGAAAAGGAUAUGCUUUAAAAGUCGAUUUUUCUAAUUUAGAUGAACAUUCUUUUAGCAGCGCUUUACAAGAAAUAUUGGAUAAUCCAAAAUAUAGAAAUACUGCCAAGGAACGUUCUACAAUUAUGCAUGAUCAACCAAUGAAACAAUUAGAUAAAGCAAUGUUUUGGAUUGAAUAUGUUAUUCGUCACAAAGGAGCGACACAUUUGAGAUCAUCAGCUUUAAAUCUUCGUUGGUACCAACUGUACCUUUUAGAUAUUAUUAUUUUUGUUGUUUUUCUAAUUAGUAUAUUUUUAACUAGUUUUUAUUUGUUAAUUACCUGUGUUUUUAGAAAAAAUUAUUUUAUUAGUAGCGAUAAGAAAAACAAAUAA